GGUUCCGUGAGAGCUGCUGGCCCCACCCCACCUCUCCAGCGCUAUCUCUCAAUGUGCAAUUCUCAAAGAAAAAGCGAAAAAAAUCCACAAAAAUAGGAGAAAGAAACGACUGUGUUCACAUCUGUUCAAGGGUAGAUCAGGCCUUUUCAGGGUGAAACAACUGUCAUCGUUGGAUGAGGGAUUGUAACCUGCGGUAUGUUCCUAUAUCUACACAUGUAACCAUAUCUAGCCUGCCAUACGAAUUCAAAAGGAAUACACAACGCUGAGAGACUUGACAGUACGCUGUACUUGCGCGAACCGCCAACAUUACGGAGGAUUUCCAUGACUAUGAGUGACCGGGGGAUAUAACAUUAUAUUCAAGGACAACCAAAACACAAGCUUUGUUCUUUCCGAGAAGCCUUCGGAUCUGAGGAGUACCAAUACAAAAAUACAACGACAACCAAAAAAGAAAAAGACGGAGUAGGGCCUUUUUGGGUCUGGUCAAACCUCAACAGCAGCACCAGAGGGAACACAUUGAUAGCAGGGCACUAAAAAGUGAUUAUUUGGUAAAGGUGACUCCGGAAUGGCUACGAUGUGACAGGUCCAAAGACGUCGGGUAUAGAAAGAAGAUCAGAAUUGCCUGAUGCAUCGCAUGCCGACAUUUUAGUCGGGAUACAUAUUUUUUAAUUUCACCAACCCUCCCAUGUGUUUGGCUUGUCUUGCUCAGUCGCAACGGAACAUUUGGAAAGGUUGAACAUCGGGAUCGACGCGAGAGGGACUGGAACUGAACAGCGGUGCGAGUUGAGCCGAAGAUGGGCUCCCUAGGAGACGUUUGCUAAAAAAAAUGUCAGUGUUGAAUCUCAGCCUCGCAGAAACACGUCGUGGGAACCCCGACGCCAAAACCUUCGUGUACAUCGCCCCGCGGAGCUUUUUCCACCUUCGUAUUCACGUGGUUCAUCUGGAUGACUUCAUUGCGGAAUUACAGUGAAAACGAGAGGAAUCAAACGUGCGCGAGGGCGGGUGUCGUCAUUGGCGCCAGUGCUCGGCUCGCGCGGAGGCUAGCUGGAGAUACAUUAGCGCUCAUUGAAUCGGUAGUCUCCACAACCGGGGGACUCCCUCUCAUCCACUACUAGGCCCACACACAGGUUACACUGGUUUAGUUGGCAUCUGGCGAAAUAAAUGUCACCCCUGUUGAGACAGGUGUUCCUCUCUCCGGCCGAUUUAGGAAUCUAGAGUUGUUGAUAUAGUCCAUUAAACCUCUAUUGGUGUAUUUUUUUGGGGGGUUUGGGAAGAUGGGGUGUCUCGGCAAUAGCAAGACCGAAGACCAACGAAAUGAGGAGAAGGCACAGAGGGAAGCCAACAAAAAGAUAGAGAAACAGCUACAAAAAGACAAGCAGAUAUACCGAGCAACUCACCGGCUGCUACUGUUAGGGGCUGGCGAAUCUGGGAAGAGCACGAUAGUCAAACAGAUGCGAAUAUUGCACGUAAACGGCUUCAAUGCAGAAGAGAAAAAACAGAAAAUUAAUGACAUUAAAAACAACAUCAAAGAAGCUAUUGAGACAAUCGUGGCUGCCAUGAGCACACUAACGCCGCCAUGCCAGUUAGCAUGUCCAGCAAACCAGUCCAGGAUAAAAUACCUCACAAAUUUAAUGAACAGGAAGGACUACGAAUUUCCCUCGGAGUUCUACGAACACACCCGGAUCCUCUGGGAGGACCACGGGGUCCGUGCCUGCUGGGAGAGAUCCAACGAGUACCAGCUCAUCGACUGUGCACAGUACUUCUUAGACCGAAUCGAUAUCGUCCGGCAAAGUGAUUAUACACCAAGUGAUCAGGACUUACUGAGAUGCCGAGUGCUGACGUCUGGGAUCUUCGAGACAACCUUUCAAAUAGACAAAGUCAACUUCCACAUGUUUGACGUGGGAGGACAGAGGGAUGAGCGCCGAAAAUGGAUCCAGUGUUUUAACGAUGUGACGGCCAUUAUCUUUGUGGUGGCCAGUAGCAGUUACAACAUGGUGAUCAGAGAAGACAAUCAUACAAACAGGCUGCAAGAGGCCCUCAAUCUCUUCAAGAACAUCUGGAACAAUAGGUGGCUACGGACCAUUUCAGUUAUCCUCUUCUUGAACAAACAGGAUCUGCUAGCAGAGAAGGUUCUAGCAGGGAAAUCAAAAAUCGAAGAUUAUUUCUUUGAGUUUGAACGCUACACUACACCGGAUGAUGCAAUUCCAGAACAAGGAGAGGAUCCUCGCGUAACAAGAGCAAAGUACUUCAUCCGGGACGAAUUUCUGAGGAUCAGCACGGCGAGCGGGGACGGCCGCCACUACUGCUACCCCCACUUCACGUGCGCCGUGGACACGGAGAACAUCCGCCGCGUCUUCAGCGACUGCCGGGACAUCAUCCAGCGCAUGCACCUGCGGCAGUACGAGCUCUUGUGAUCGGACCGCUGGGACGAUAACAAAAAGACACCGCCACCACCU